AGCAGCCCGGUGGGCCCGGCCCCGGGGGACCGGUGGGGUGCCGGGCGGCAGCACCGGGACGCCCAGUACCGAGCGGUGAUGGGUUUGGCAUCCGCCGGCUGGGAAUGUGGCAGGGAUGGAUCCAGACCCCUGCUAAUUCUUCCCUUCGCCCGUUCCCCGUGCUGGUUCACCUGCGCCGCGAUCGCCGGCACCGUUCCUGCGCCGGUGGAAGGAGGCCGACCUCUGCCGGGCUCGUUAACCGAGGUUAAACGAGCAUCCGGCGAUGGGCGACCUCGUAAUGUCCACCGGGAGCUUUUAAUCUUCCCUCCUCCACCGGCCAGAGUGGUGUCGGAGCCGGCGGGGGGCUGUAAAGAUGACGAUGCCACGGUGUUUCACUCCGUGCCGUGGAUGGGCCGUGCUGGUGGGUUCGGCGGUGGGUUCGGGCACGGUGCCGGGAACGUUUCCUCUUCCCAAGCAGCUCGAUGGCAGGGAGCGGGGUCGGAGCCCAGCCGGCACCGCCGGCACCGCCGCUGUACGGCACGAAGGUGAAAGCAGUGCCACCGUCGCUCGGAGCAGCUUUCGGCUCAUCCUGGCAUGGUUCAGCGCCGCUUGGAGCAGCUUUUGGCUCAUCCCGGCAUGGCUCGACGCUGGAUUUCCCUCCUUGGCACAUCGUUUAGAGGAGUUGGCGCACGGAUCGUCUCUGCUCAACGCCACGAAAUCCCCCUCCGACAGCACUGACAACCCCGCAGCUGAAUUCCCUGAGGAUCCCAGCGCCAGCAAAGCCCUGCAUCCCAACGAAAGCCCUCGGCACGGGAUUUGCCAGCUUGUAGCCACGACCAUCAGAGCAGAAACGGAAGAGCUCCCUGGGGGAUGUGUCCUUUGCUUGUUCCGGCUCCGGGAUGGGGGAAAAAAAGCCACUUUUCUGCUAAACGAGCUCGUUAACACCGGGGAGGAAUGUCACCAAUCGCUUGAGAUUUCCCGGGUGGAAGGAAAUUAUCCGGGAUCCCAGCUCGAGCCCUGGGAGCUUCCCGGAUCCUCCCCGAAUUCCUCUCGCAUCGAAAUCCGGAGCGCUUGCUCCCCUUCUGAGUUUUUUUUCAUGGCUGCGAUGUGUUUUGCACGUAAGCGGCGUUGGCGCGAGUAUGCUGGACGCUGCGCGCUUCGUUGUGGCCUGGGACAGAGGGGGAAAGACCAGCGCCGUCCUCCUGCGUUGCAGCUCCACUCUGCCACGCGAGGAAGAAGAAACCACACUGGGAAGAAACACGCAGCUGGAGUCUGCCCGGUUCAAGCGCGCUGGGAGUGUGCCGGACCCUGCGAUGUUGGCCGUGACCUGGCACGGAGGGGUAAAAACUGGCGGUGUCCUCCCACAUCGCGACUCUGCUCUGCCAGCAAGGAAAAAAACAAAAAAAAAAAACACGUAGGGGGAAAAAAAAACCCACCCCUGUGGCUGGAGUCUGCCCGGCUUGAGCGUGCGGGACCCUGCGAGCUUGGCCGUGACCUGGCACGGUGGGGUAAAAUUGGUGCCGUCCUCCUACAUCGUGAUUCUGUUCUGCCAUGUGAGGAAUAAAAACCAUGCAGAGGGGAAAAAAAAAUACACAGCCGCAGCCUGCCCAGCUCAAGUGUGCUGGGAGCGUGCCAAACCCUGCGCGCUUGGCCAUGACCUGGCACAGAGGAGGGAAAACCAGCGCCGUCUUCCUGCGCCGUGUCUCCGCUGUGCCCCGUGUCUCUUCCGGGGAGGAAAAACAAAAACAAACCCCGCGGGGAAAAAACACGCGGCUGUAGCCUGCCUGGCUGAAGCGCACCGGGAGCGCACCAGAACCUGUGUGCUCAGCUGUGACCCAGCACGGAGCGGGGAAAAACCAGCGCUGUUCUCCUGCAUCGUGGUUCUGCUCUGCUACAGGUUUCUACCGGGAAGGGGGGAAAAAAAAACACGCGGGGGAAAAAUACAUAGGUGUAGCUUGCUCGACUGAAGCGCACCAGGAGCACGCCGCCCUGCGUGCUUGUCCGUGACCCAGCACAGAGUGGGGGCAAACUGGCGCCGUCCUCCUGCGUCGUGGCUCUGGUUUUGCCAUGCAAGGGGAAAAAAAAAAAACCACACAGGGGAAAAACACGUGGUUGUAGCCUUCCUGACUCAAGCGUGCCUGGAGCGUGCCGGACCCCGCACGCUUGGCCAUGAACCGCCACGGAAAGGGAAAAAAAACGGUGCCGUCCUCCUGUGCUGCAGGUCCACUUUGCCACAGGCUUCUCCCAGAGAGGAAGAAAACCCAUGCGAAGAAAAAAAACACGUGGUCGUAGCCUGCCUGACUCAAGGGCGCCUGGAGCGUGCCGGACCCUGCACGCUUGGCCGUGAACCGCUACGGAGGGAGAAAAAACAGUGCCGUCCUCUUGCGCUGUGGCUCUGCUCUGCCACAUGUUUCUCCCAGAAACGAAAAAAAACUACACGAGAUAAAAACACAUGGCCAAUAGCGUGCCUGGCUCAAGCACGCCGUGAGCACGCCGGACGGACCCCACGCGUUUGGCUGUGACCCAGCACGGAGCGGGCAAAAAACCUCAGUGCUAUUUUGCACCGUGGGUCUGCUCUGCCACAGGUUUCUCCCACGGAGGAAAAAAAAAAAAAAAGCAACGUGGGGGGAAAAAAUAUGUGGCCGUAAUCUGCCCAGCUCAAGCGUGCCGGACCCUGCGCGCUUGGUUGUGAUGUGAUAUGAAAGGGGAAAAAACGGCACUGUCCUCCUGUGUCGUGGUUCUGCUAUCCCAGCAAGGCAAAAAAAAAAAAAAAAAACAAACCACGGAGGGAAAAAAUACGUAGCUGUAGCCAUAGCCCGCCCAGCUCAAGCGUGCCGUGAGCGUGCCGGACCCCGCACGCUUGGCCAUGAACCACCACGGAGGGGGAAGGAACCGGUGCUGUUCUCCUGCGUUGUGGCUCUGCUCUCCCUGCAAGGCAAAAAAAAAAAAAAAAAGAAACAAAAACCAAAAACCCCGCAGGGGAAAAAACACCCGGCCAAAGCCUUCCUGACUCAAGCUCGCAGCAAGCUCGCAGGGUAACCCACUGCAGAAACUCUGCCGGGAGCCGUUUGGCCUGGGGAAAGGCCCCUUCCUCUUGACUUCCAGGGAAGGCAGCGAUUGUCCCCACUUAACCGGUUUAGCAUUUAAAUUGUCCCAAUUCUGCUCCGCCUUUGCAUGGCUCUGGGGCGAUGGGCUGGGGGAAGGGUUUCCGCAGUCCAGCUCCCACCCUUGAAGCGAGCAGAGCUUGGGAAGCGAGCUUGGGAAGGGAGCAGAGCUUGGGAAGAGGCUUUUUAAACUUUACGGUGAGCGCUCGGGUCUUUUUAGGGUGCUGGUGCGGAGCGAGCCAGGGAAGAAAAGAAACUCCCUUUUUUUUUUUUUUUUUUUCCCCCCCCUGCCCUGGUGAGCUUGAAAACAGCCAAGCGGGUUUUUGGGGAGGAUGGUGGGUUUUUAGGCGCCAGCACAGCAGAUGGAUGCAUCUGUGGUUUUUUGGGAAGGAAAAAAAGGGCAAACUUGGAAA